CGCCGCAGGCGGAAUUGAGAGCCGGAUCUUCUUCUUCUGUUCGAUUAGUCGAGUUUUCUGACGAAGGAGGUUUCGGCGACAAUGGCUCGAGGAGCGGCGGCGAUGGCGACGGCGGCGGGGAAGAAGAAGGGAUCUACCUUCGUGAUUGACUGCUCGAAACCAGUGGAUGAUAAAAUCAUGGAUGUUGCCUCUCUUGAGAAGUUCCUUCAGGAGCGGAUCAAGGUCGGUGGAAAGCCCGGCGCUCUCGGCGACGCCGUCACUGUUACUCGCGACAAGACCAAGAUCACCGUUACCGCCACCUCCGACUUCUCCAAGCGGUACCUCAAGUACUUGACGAAGAAGUAUCUGAAGAAGAACAACGUGCGCGACUGGCUUCGUGUGAUUUCGUCCAACAAAGACAGAAACGUCUACGAGCUCCGUUACUUCAACAUUGCCGAGAACGAGGGGGAGGAGGAGGAAGACUAAGCUUCUUCUUCUUCCGCCAUUUUCUUCUCCCGUUGCCGCCUCCUUAAUUAUUUAGCCUCAGAUUUUUCUUUUUGCUGUGAAACCUUGGCUUUGUUUUACUGCAAGUUUUGGUUGUCUAUUUGGUUUUUUUCCUGAGUGCUCAAGAUUUCAGAUUUGGUGAUGAUAUGGCUUAUUCUGUGACGGCAUUAAAUCUCAAGAUUUA